AUGUUUAAGCAACUCUCCCAGAUUGGGAAAAAUCUAAGCGACGAAUUUGCAAAGGGAUUAGCAGAUGACCUUGCCUCCACGCCGGAAGCCCUGCCAGACGAUAAUAGCGGCUUACCUGCAGACAUACAAGCAAAACUAAGUAGGUACGCAAAGUACGAAGAAAAAUAUCCAAGACUACUGGCUGCCUACAAGAACGAGAAGACAAAAAUUGAAAAACUUGCGGCUUCUGAACGAAUUCUGGCCGAGAAUACUCCUGUCUCUAAUCUGGAUGACGCAGAUUCUCUUCAAGCAUUUUUUGAUGAUAUCAAUGGAAAGCAAAGUUUACAAAAUGACGAAAUUAAGAGACUGACAACUUUGAAUGCAGAAAUAAGUGGUAAGAUCGAGAAAUUGGAGAGGACCGCUUCAGAGGAUGGCGCUCCAAGACCUCUGAAAGACGUAGAAGAGGAGAUUACCUCAUUAAAUGAAAAAAUCAAAGAGCUCGAAGAGCAAUUGAAAAUUUCAAAAAAUGAUGCGCAGCAAGUCAAUGAAGAAAGAGAAGAGGCCACUCUUAAAUUGAAUGAUCUUGUAGAAAGUCAUGAAACAUCCGUCUCUUCAAUUAAGGAGCAAAGCGAUUCUAUUAAAAACAGGCUAGAGAAGGAGCUCGAAACUUCCUCUACACUGGUAAAAGAGAAAGAUCUCGAAAUUUUGCGAUUGAAGGAAGAGCUUGCAAAGAAAGAUCAUCUACUACAAAUUUCGAGGAAAACAUCGAGCUCUCUAAGCACAAAAAAUACAGGGAAGAAAAAGGGUAGAGGAAAGAAUAAAAAAAUGGCGAAUGCGUUGCCCAAUAAAAAUGAAGAACCGUCAAAGGCCAGCUUCGAAGACGAUAACAGAGACACACCAGGUGCAAUUUUGGAGUCUGAAAUGCAGCUCCAAAAUGAACUUGACGAGUUGACGACGCAGUUGGAACGCACUAAGGAAGAUCUCUCAAAAACGACUAAUUUGAUGAAAGAAAAGGAAACAGAGCUCGAAGAGGUUAGAGACAUGUUGCGCGAUGUUGGAAAUGAGCUGGUUGAAGCAAAAGAAGAAAUCAAACACUCCCAACAUACCGCAGAACAAAAAAUGAGCAAUUUAAGCCAAGAAAAAGACGAUAUAUUAAAGAGUAGUGUGGCUGCUUUGCAAAAUACUAUACAAACUCUCGAAGGUGACGUAAGGACCUUGAAAGAUCAGGUAUUAUCACAUGAGGAGGAGAGAAACAAAAAGGAGAAAGUUCUAUUGCGUACUUCCGGAGAGCUAUCGCAAGCUAAGAAAGACAAUUCAGAUUUGCAAGAACAACUCAAAGAAAUGAAUAACUUGAAGAAAUCAUGUUCUUCUCUGAAUGCAUUAUUGAGUCAGAAGGAAAAGACCAUCACUUAUCUGGAAAAGCAAGUAAAAGAAUACAGUGAGACCUCUUCAGCAAGUAAAAAAUCCAUUGAAAAUGUGCAGAAGGAAAAUGAUGCACUUUUGAAACGUCUAGAAGCUUUAAACAGGGAAAACGAUACACUACGUAACAACAUCGAAAAGAAUAACUCGUCUUUCGAAAAAUAUAUAAAGGAAAAUGGAAAACUCUCAGAGAGACUCUCCAUCUUACAGGAGAAGUAUGAAACGCUGCAAAGUGUCAAGAGCAAUUCAAGCGACCAGGUUGGCGCUAUCAAAAAGCAAUGCGAGGAAUUAAGUGUAAAGCUAAAAGAAUCCAAUAAAGUGAUUAUGACGUUGGAAGAUGAAGUCAGUGAGUAUGCAAAUACUAUACAAGAAAGAACAAGAGAGUUGAAUACGAUGCGCAGACUAUUAUCGGAAAGCUCGAACAGCACAAGUACUAAAGAAACGGAGCUCCAGGAGAAAUUACAUUACGUUCAUGAUGAGAAAUCUAAGUUGCAGAAUGAAAUGGCCUUACAAGCAUCCAGGAGGAAUCGUGAGCUUAGCGAGUGGAAACAAGCUAAUAGUGAGUUGAAGUCAGAAUUACAUACAUUAAAACUUCGAGAGAAACAACUCGAAUCAGAAAUCGAAAGCGUGAGCUCACUGAAUGAGAGUAUUCGACGUAAAAAUGUCACCAAUCCAGAAGAGUUCACUGAGCUACAAAACUCAAGUAGAAACCUGAAGGAAUCUUUGUCAAAAGCAGAUAAAAGGAUUAGAGAACUACAAGAAACGAAUGAAAGUCUGAUGAAUACGAAUGAUGACGUGAAUAAAAAGCUUGAUAGAUUAACAAAAAAUUACAAAGCACUACUAAACCAAUUAAGCACAUUAAAGGAAGAGAAAAGUGAAGCUUCGACCAGGUCAAGUAGGUCCAGCUCCAUAGCUUCUGCUAGCCAUGUUGGAAAUAAUGGAAAUGCAAUUUUGACUGAUUUCUAUAAAUCGCAUUCUGUCUCUAAAGAGGGCAUCGAUGUAGAGUCGCAGGCGGACUCCAGCGAAAAAAUAGCCUAUAUUAAAAAUGUGCUGCUAGGGUUCUUGGAACAUAAAGACCAAAGAAAGCAGCUAUUGCCUGUCGUAGCGAUGUUACUACGUUUAGAUAGUAAUGACGAAAAGAGACUACUAUUAUCAAUCAAGUGA